AUGUCGCUAGAUAAAAUAUCCCAAUUAGAAGAAGAGCUUGAACAGGAUCCUUUAAAUUACAAUAAAUGGAUGAAGUAUUUGGAGCAGGUUGUGACGAAGGAUAACCAAGAGCAAGUGCGAUUAGCUUUUGAUCGAUAUUUGAGUUAUUUUAAAUUUGAUGUAUGUAAAGAACCCAGGGUUAUUAUCAAAGAAAUGAAGGGAGAACGAGUAAAAGGAAGAGAAGAAGAAAUCGAACACGAACACGAACACGAAAAAGAGAAAGAGAAAGAGAAAGAGAAAGAGGAGAAAGAUGAGGUAGUUGGAAUGACGCAAAUUGCGCAAUCGUUACAAGGAAUUCAACUGCCGCAAGCAUCGACGGCACUAAAAAGUGAACAGUGGACCAACUAUAUUAAUUAUGAACUCAGUCGUGGUGAAAAAAAGAAUGCCGAAGCAUUGUUUCAGAAAAGCUUUGCAGUUACCGAAAGUGUUGAGUUGUGCCGACUGUAUGUUGAUUAUGUGAGAAGCAUAUCUGAUUUUGUUACCGGUGGAGACAAGGCUCGUGCCACCGUGAUCCAAGCUUUUGAGUUUGCAGUGGGUAAAGUGGGCAUUGAUAUCCAAAGUGACAGUUUGUGGCAAGAUUAUAUAUCAUUUAUCAAAUCUUGGACACCAACAGCCAAUUGGGAACAACAGCAAAAGAUUGACCUUAUUAGAAAAGUUUACAAAAAGCUUUUAACAAUACCAACAGAGAAUAUAGAAACGAAUUGGACACAAUAUACAAAAUGGGAGAAUGAACUAAAUCCCGUUACUGCCCAGAAAUUUGUAUCGGAAAAGUCCGCUGAUUUUAUGCUUGCACGAUCGUGGAACACAGAAUGGCUCAGAAUCACCAACAAGAAACUUAAAAGGACAAUUACUCCACACUCUGUUGCUGAUGAAACAAUUGAACAACAGAUGAAAUACUGGCACAAUUGGAUUGAGAUGGAAAAGAGAAACUCCUUGGAAUUAAAGGAUGAGUCUGCUAUCCAGAGUCGUAUUAGUUAUGUUUACAAGCAAGCGACGUUUGCUCUUCCGUUUGUGUCGCAAAUCUGGUUUGAAUCUGUAAAAUACUUGUUGACCAUUAACGAGGAAAGUAAUAUAAGCAUGUGCAUUCAUCUUCUUAAGAACGGCUUAAGCUUAAAUCCAAAAAGUUUGCUUCUCUCGUUUCAACUCGCGGAGCUUUAUGAAAAGGACAAUUCUUUUGACAAGGCAAAGGUUAUUUUCAACAACCUUAUUCAAAAGUAUAUCAAAGAAUUUGAAGGCAUAGCCACAGAAUAUGACGCUAUACAAGAGCGCUUGAAGCCUAAGGUGGAAAACGAAACCGGGGCGGCAGAAGAUUCUGAUGAUGAAAUGAAAGAUGUACAACCGGAGCACCUGAUGAAAACGACAAAUUCAAUUUCCAAUUUGAGCUCUAAUCCAACAGUAACGAGUAAUGGUGGAUCGCUUCCCAAUAUCCCACAUUUGCCAAAUAUCCCAAAUUUGGGGAAACAAUCCGAUGCUAGAGGUGCAAAUUCUUCCACUGCACCGUCUACUCUUCCCAACUUGCCAAAUAUUCCAAACUUUACUAGCACCAACGCUGCUUCCGGUACUGCCUUAUCCAGUAAUGAAAUAUCGUUGGCCGAUGCAAGGAAAUUAGAACAGAUCGAGAGAACUAAGGCAGCUCUUGUUGAUAAAAUCACUCUUGUAUAUGUGAAAUUUAUGACCGCAAGUAAACGUGCCGAAGGAAUUAAAGAAGCACGUAAUGUAUUUAAAACUGCUCGAAAAUUUGGCUCUAUAGGUUAUCAAAUAUUUGUUGAAAGUGCUUUACUUGAACAUUAUGCCGAUAACACCAAAACCGCCAUUAAAGUGUUUGAUGUUGGUAUGAAGACAUUCUCCACUGAGGGAGAAUUUCUUGCUAAAUAUUUGGAUUAUUUGAUCAUGAUCAAUGAUGUGGACAGAUUGAGAAGUACUAUUCAAAAUGCAGAUGCAAACAUUUCCAAAGUAAUUGCACUGCUUGAAGACGAGAUUAGUGGUGAUGAAAAGAUUUUACCGGUUGUAAAGAAACAAUUAGAGAAAAGACUAGAGAAGAAGAAAUUGCAGUUACAAGGCUUGUUCAAAAAAUAUAUAUCUUUUGCAGCUACGCAUCUUUCGUUGGAUGUCACCAAUAGUUUUAACAAGAAAUAUGAGCAACUCUUCCCUGAGGAUGACCCAAUAAAUUUAUUUAGCGAUAGGUACAGAUUGGGCAAAAGAAAUAUUAUCAAGGUGGACGAAUUAAACCAAGAAGACGAUAUUGUAUAUGAGGAAUAUCCUGUUCCAAAUAAUAAAAGACGAAAACUUUCAACAUCGGCGUCGGCAAUAUCACUUCAUGAGACUCAAGAAUCUAUAUCUGCGAUCAAUAGCAUACAGGAGUCGAACCGUAUUGAGCAAGAGAUGAUAGAGCAGCAACGAAAAAGCAAGGUGGAUAACUCGCUAGCUGCUGUAGGUCCAUCAAUUGUUACAUUGAUGACGGUGUUGCCCAACGCCUCAUAUUUCGGGCUCUCUUCCGAAAGUGUCUUUAAUAGCAAAAAGUUAGUGACACUAUUUGCAAACUCGCCAAACAUUCCAUAG